AUGUCCUCACCACCGCCAACAAACCCCCUAAAACGUCCCUCCAUCUCAUCCUCCGCCUCCCAACCUCUCGGCACCAACCCUAAACGACCACGCAUGCACCCGCUCCGCCAGACUUCCUUCCCGACGACUAUCGACGCGGAUUCGCGCGCAUACGGCGCUGCUAGCGAUGCAGGCAGUGUGACGGGCAGUUUCACUGGGAGUCUGGGAGGUACAAGUGCGGACGGUGUAUUUCGGAACAAGAAACGCGGGCGCAAGAGCAAGGCGGAGAAGGAGCGCGAGAGGGAGGAUGUGGCGAGAGGGGAGAUGCGGUCGUCUGUUGAUGCGGAGGGGUCUGUGAGAGCAGGUGCAACGGGUGGUGGAGGCGGAGAUGAUGGGGAUGAUGACGAGGAUUUCGAGGAUGAAGGGGAACUGUUGGGAAGAGAGGAAGGGGCUACUGAUACGGAGGCUGAGAAGAAAAAUCUUGCGUAUGUCUUCCAUCCUUUUUUCAUUUUCUAUUUAAAUUGCUUCUCGGGGUGUUUUCUGUGUCCCAAAGUGAAGAUACUAAUUGGUUGCUAUAGAUUGCUGGUCGAUGCUUUUAAUCCUUUACAGUCCGAGCGGUACGAUCUGUUCAAACGAGCGAAGCUGAGGAAAGAGACCUUGCGACGUAUUGUGAAUCAUGCGCUGUCACAGUCCGUGCCGGCAAGUGUGGUUACUACGAUAAACGGAUUUACGAAGGUCUUUGCAGGAGAGAUCAUUGAAAAGGCUCGGACGGUGCAGGCUGAAUGGGCGGAGGCGCACGAUCAGGCUGCGAUAGCUGCUUUUGAGGCUGAGGAAGCCGCGACAAUGGCGCGCGCUGCGAAUGCAUCGGCUCCUGGCACUCCAGGCCCCGGUACGCCGGGGCCCGGCGGACAGCCUCAGGUGAAACAAGAAUCCUCGAAUCCCUCGUCUUUCCCUGUGACACGUACCCCCGGGACACCGGUUCCAUCCGGUGUAGCAAGUUCGCAGCAGUCGGUAAACGGCACUGUACAACCUACAAGGGAGAGGGUUUUCAAGAUGCCUCCUAAUCCUCACCGGGGACAACUACUUCCGUCGCAUUUGCGAGAGGCUUUACGACGCUGGAAGCGGGAUGGCGAGGGAGGCGGUGUCGGGUUCUCCGGACUGAGUAUGGGAAAUCUGGGAGUUCGCGGAUCGGUGACAUGGGGAGCAGGCAGUGUUGGCGGACGACGCAUUUUCCGCUAA